GCAACGUCACUACACCUAAAGCCAGAAACUUUAGAAAUCAAAACAAACACUUGGGCCAUCACAAAUUCACAAUUCACUAUCAGAAAGAAGUGGAAGAAGAAGCGAUGCAAAGGAAGCAAACGCUGCUGCUCGACCAAUGUGGCCAUUGGCAAGCAGAAGCAGAAAAAUGACACGUCUCCUCUUCUUGACCCAAUCACUCUCUUCCAAUCCCAAACCCAUUUCUCAUUCUCACACUUACUACAAUUACAGUGUCUCUCGCUCUUUCCACAACUCUAUCUCCAAUCUCUCCUUGGCUUUUCUUCAUCCAAUUCGAAGCCCUGCAAUUUGUGCUUUUUGUUCAAAACCCAGUAGCGCGGUGGGAGUUGGGUCACUACCCAGCAUGACUGAGGAUAUAUCGUAUCUGACGCAGCGUGAAGCUGCUGAGAUUGAUGAGAUUCUCAUGGGUCCUCUCGGCUUCAGUGUCGACCAGUUAAUGGAAUUGGCUGGUUUGAGCGUGGCCACUUCCAUAGCAGAGGUCUAUAAACCGAGCGAGUAUAAUCGUGUCCUUGCAAUUUGUGGCCCUGGAAACAAUGGUGGUGAUGGUCUUGUGGCUGCUCGUCACCUGCAUCACUUUGGAUACAAACCUUCUGUUUGUUAUCCAAAGCGUACUGCUAAGCCUCUUUAUACUGGUCUGGUUACUCAACUGGAAUCACUGUCAGUCCCAUUCAUCUCAGUGGAAGAUCUACCUUUGGACUUGUCAAAGGACUUUGAUAUUAUUGUAGACGCAAUGUUUGGUUUCUCAUUCCAUGGUUCCCCAAGGCCCCCAUUUGAUAAUCUGAUCCAAAAGCUUGUUUGUAUAAAUAACUAUGAUCAAACACGCCAAAAGUCCUCCGCUGUUGUCUCCAUAGAUAUUCCAUCUGGGUGGCAUGUUGAAGGGGAUGGUGGUGCUGAAGGCAUCAAACCUGACAUGUUGGUUUCUCUGACUGCUCCGAAGUUGUGUGCAAAGAAAUUUUUUGGUCCACACCAUUUUCUGGGUGGUAGAUUUGUCCCACCAUCUAUUGCUGAUAAAUAUAAGCUUCGUCUUCCACCAUAUCCUGGAACUUCUAUGUGUGUUCGAAUUGGAAGGCCAGCACAAGUUGAUAUAUCAGCUCUAAGAGAGAACUAUGUUUCUCCUGAGUUUCUCGAGGAACAGGUGGAGGCUGAUCCUUUUGAUCAGUUCGGCAAAUGGUUCGACGAUGUAGUGGCUGCUGGCUUGAGGGAACCAAAUGCUAUGGCCUUGUCAACUGCUAGCAAGAAUGGAAAACCCUCAUCUCGCAUGGUAUUGCUCAAAGGAUUUGAUAAGAAUGGUUUUGUCUGGUACACCAACUAUGAAAGUCGAAAGGCACAUGAAUUGUCUGAAAAUCCUCAUGCAUCUCUUCUGUUCCACUGGGAUGGUCUUAAUCGGCAGGUACGAGUGGAAGGUUCUGUACAGAAAAUUUCUGAUGAGGAAUCUGAUCAGUACUUCCAUAGCCGCCCUCGAGGAAGUCAGAUUGGAGCAAUAGUUAGUAAGCAGAGCACUGUAGUUCCUGGAAGGCAUGUUUUGUAUGACCAAUACAAAGAGCUAGAGGAAAAGUUCUCUGAUGGAAGUAUAAUUCCUAAACCUAAAAACUGGGGAGGGUACAGACUUAAGCCAGAGCUGUUUGAGUUUUGGCAAGGCCAAAAGUCUCGCUUGCAUGACAGGCUGCAAUAUUCUCCCGAGGAGAUCAAUGGACAACAAGUGUGGAAAAUUGAGCGGUUGGCUCCUUGAUGAGUAUUUUCAGCAUCUUCAUUGUGAAGUUCCUUCAGGGUAUUGUCUACUAUAUCAUUACGGCCCCUAUUAUUUUUUUCAUUGUUCUCUUUCUUCUAUUAGCAACCAACAUCCAUGUGUAAUGUAAUGGCAGGUAAGUUACGAGCACGUACAUUUAGAAUGGUGUUGGUCUUAUUCUGAAGGCACACUCUAUGUUAAAAUUUGUUGUUGGCCCUAUGAAUAGGCAUCAAAUGUCAUAAAAUAAAACAAUUGAAUAUAUAACAUGAACUUUGUUGGGUUGGAAAA